AUGGUUCUCAGUAUCCAGUCUGAGUUGCUGCCGGAACGGAGUGGAUCCCUCCCAGAUGUUGUCAGGAAAGCAGGGAACUUCUCAACCAUCUCUUCUCUGAAGAGCUGCUCUCGCUCUUACGUUGAAACAAGUGGAUAUAAGAAAGCGGUGACGAUCAAGGUGUAAUGAGAGCACAGGUCAUGGGCAGAUGAUGGACGUGGAGACGUCGUACUCAGAGUUCAUCAACUGCGAUCGAACAGGUCGCAGGAACGCAGUGCCCGACAUCAAAGAGGAUGGAGUGCCAGCGGGCACCAGUGAACUGACCAAAGACAUGGCCCAGAUGAACCUACAGUCGCCAGAGGGGGAGAGCUCAGCCGCGUCACCACCCCCUGAGGACGAUGGUACCGCGAGCCAGGAGGCACAGGGAGGCGAGGGCCCCUCCUAAAUGGCGGCCUGCCCAGGGAGCCCCAGCGUGUCCCGACUCAUCCCCCCGCCGACUCCUGCGACGCGGCUCUCGCAGAGGGGCGUGGGGCACAUUCUCCCACAAAGACUGUGACCGGUGGAGCCUCCGCCGUCCAAUAUUCUGCUUUUCUAUUGCAGUAAACAUCAGAGGAAAGUCCCUGGAAAACACUACAAAACCAAAAACAGACUGUUGGUUUUAAGAAAAAAACUCUAAAUGCUCUACAACAAGCCCUGUUUUUCAUCGUGGUUUGAGUGCCCAUACUGGAUCGUUUCCUGGAGAAGGGAAUCUGCUCGCCUCAAUUGUUUUCGCCCACAUUUGCUCUAUCCACUCAGCAAUGUUCAGAACUAAAAAGUUAAGCAAAUACCAAAAAAAAUCCUAAUUUUGUAUAUACCAGAUUCAUACAUUUUUUUCUUUUGUUUUUAUGUCUGAUCUGGAUGCAGAUUUUGCCCCAUUUCAUUUCUGACCUGCCUUUUACUGUUAAAAACAUCGGGUUGGCAGUUAAAUGUGAUGUGUAGGGGAUAUUUAUUUU